GAAGAUAACUCAGGAAGAAAAAUUGUCAACAUGCCAUGGCCAGUUUAAAUAUAAAAAGAACUUUAGGUUCUUUAUUAUCAAGAACGAAACAAUGUCAACAGAAAUCACAUAGGUGUCUGUCCUCAGCACCAAGUGUUGUAGAAGUGGGGAAACCAUGUGAGAAACAAAGUGCAGAUAAAAGUUACAGUACAGGGCAGACGUUUCUCCACACACUGUUUGAUUAUAGAGGAGUUAUUUUGUACCCAUGGGUUGCCAAUGUUUAUGAAAUGGAUCCAGAGAAAAAAGUUGCUAGCAAGAAGAAAGAAAUAUUUUAUCAAGCUUUAAUAGAUGACCGGGAUCUUGAGUUUGCUAGAAAAUAUUUAAAAGAAGAAAAAGUAACAUAUUUACCAAGUAACAACACAAAAGGUCUUACUGCUAUACAAGGAUUAGAUUAUGUAGCUCAUGAUGAUAUUCUGCCGUACACAGGGGUAGACAAUUGUCCAAUAGAACAUCCAUGUCUUUAUCAUUUCCUAAAAUAUGCAUCUUUCCAAAGUCCACAUUAUAAAGGACAACCGAACUUGUAUAAACAUCCGUGGUUAAAAGUUUAUGAUGUGUAUAGAGAAAUAUCAGAAAAUAUAAAAGUCACAGUUAUACCAGCUUUUAUGGGAAUAAAAGAUAAUAAUUAUUGGUGGAGGUACACUAUACGUUUAGAAAAUUUAGGAACAGAAACAGUGCAACUUAGACAUCGAUCGUGGAAAAUUUAUCCAAAGCCUGGUGCUCCUAUUAGAAAGAUUGGUAGAGGAGUUGUAGGGGAGGAACCAGUUUUAUCACCUGACUUUCCAUUCUUUCAAUAUAGCAGCCAUAUAUCUUUACAAUCUUCCAGUGGAUAUAUGAGAGGCAACUAUGUAAUGGAAAAGCAAGACCAAACAACAUUUAAAUGUAAAAUACCAAAUUUUUCUUUAGAAAGUACAAUCGAUAUGGACAUUAAGAAUGACACAAUUGACUAAUAAAUUGCUUUUAUAUAACUAUUGUAUCCUAAUUCUAGGUUUA